AUGCCGCGCAGAAGCAGUCGCCUCGUCGAGACGGCCGCGCCAGCUGAGGAGGGCGGCGACCUGCUCAAGGUCCUCGACGACCUCGAGGCCAAGGAGGCUCUCGACGUGUCCGACGUCGUGGAGCUCUACCGAGCGCUCUCGCUCGAUUCCGCGGUCGACGCUUCCGCCGAAUCCCGCGCCUUCGCCCUGAUUGAUCCGCUGGUUUCUGCGGGCUACGCCGGCGCGGGCGUCGACGCCGGCGCGGGCGUCGACGCCGUCGCGCUCGAGGCCUGCGCGUUGACACUCGCUCGCGGGGCGGCGUGCUGCGGACUCGGGGCGGAGCGCGCGGGCGCGUGCUGCGGCCUCGUGCGGCGCGCGGCGGCGGCGGCCGCGGCGCCGCGCGACGCCGGUGCCGCCCCCCCGGAACCGGGCGCGCUCGUCAAGCUCGAGGAGUGCUUCGGCUGGGCCGGGGCCCUCGCGCGCGCCCGGGCGCUCGAGGACGCGGCCGUCGCGGCGCUCUGCGGCGCCGCGUUCGCCGCGCUCCGCGUCGACGCCGCGACGGACGAGGCCGAGGGCGCGCGGCGCGGCGCCCUCGGCGUCGUCGGCGAGGUCUUCGGCGCCUACGCGGGCCACCGCGGGGCCCUCGUCGAGGACUGGUUCGACCACGCCGCGGCCGCGGGCGACGCGCCGCGGAAGCGCAAGGGCGGAACCGCCGCGUUCCGCCUCGACGGCGGGUCGGCCCCGGGCGGCGCCCGCGUCGCCUGGGCGAGCGCCUGGUGCCUCGUCGCCGUCCAGGGCGCCGUCGGCGCCGACGACGACGCGGGCGGCGACCCGGACGCGCCGCCGUCGGCCGCCGCGGGCGACCGCGUCGCCGCGCGGCUCGCGCGGGGCCUCCUCGAGCGCGCGGGCGCCGCCGGCGAGCAGGGCGGCGACAACGCAAACGAGUGGCGGUCGCGCGCCCUCGCGCUCUGCGACGACGCGGCCGCGGCGCUGCCCUCCGCGGAGUGGCCCGCGGCGGAGACGGUGCUCCGCGCCCUGGCGUCCGCGGCGUCCGCGGAGCUGCGGGCGAAGCGGCCCGAGGGCGCCGUCUGCUUCCUCGUGGAUGUGGUCGCCCGCGUCGCCGCGGCGCUCACGGCGCUCCGGCGCCGCGAGGCCGAGGCGGGCGCGUCCGCGCUCCCCGCGGGCGCGACGUUCGGCGGAGAGGCGGGCGCGUGCGCGCUCGCGGGCGACGCCGCGCCCCUCGAGCAGACCGUGGCGCUCCAGCAGCUCGUGCUCAACGGCCUCGAGGAGCGGAAGAGCGAGCGCUGGGCCGCCGUCGCGCGCAAGUUCGCCGUCGCCAAGUGGUUCGGCGAGCUCCCCGCGGACGCGGAGGCGCUCCGCGCGCACCUCGCGGGCCAGUUCGCGGGGCGGAGCGCGCUCAUGAUGCGCCGCGGCGACUGGGACGUCGUCCUGCCCCGCGACGCCCUCGCCGGCUGCUGCGUGGCCGUCGCGAACCGGUCGCGGCUCGGCGACGCGCGCGUGCAGCUGACGCACCAGGUCGCGGCGCUCCUCGGCCACGACGGCGCCGCCGUGCGCUGCCGCGCGUUGAAGGCGCUGGAUGGCGUGGCGCGGGAGCGGGGCGGCGGCGACGCGCCCCUGCUCCGCGACCCCGUCGUGCGCCGCGCGGUGCUCUCGCGGUUCCUCGACGAGGCCAUCUCCGUCCGCGCGGCCGCCGUGGACCUCGUGGGGAACCACGCCCUCGACGCGCCGGAGACGCUUUUAGCCUACCACGGCGAGCUCCUCGAGCGGCUCCUCGACGCGGGCGUGUCCGUGCGCAAGGCCGUCGUGCGCAUCCUCGAGAAGUCGCUCGCCGUCCGCGGCGAGCAGCUCCGCGAGCUCCACAAGCGGACGCUGCUGGCGCUGCUGGACCGGGCGUCGCGGCCCAAGGAGGAGCAGACCGUCAAGGAUCUGGUGGGGGACGUGAUCCGCGACGCCUGGUUCGCCGAGCGGGGCGCGGACGAGGAGGCGGCGGCGCCGGAGAAGGUGUCGCCGAGCUCCGUGAUCCUUGAGGACGUCGCCCAGAAAGAGCUGCCGCCGCUCGACGCGACGACGCGGCAGAUCGUCGACGUCGCCGCGGCGGCGCGCGGCAACGACGGCCGCGUCGCCGAGGUCCUCGCGGCCGCGCUCGCGUCGAGCCGCGCGGCGGGGUCCGACGCCGCGAACGCGAAGCGCGAGAAGCGGGCCGCCGUCGCCGCGGCGCGCGCGUCCGACCACGCGGCCAAGCUCGUCGAGCGGUUGCUGGCCCUCGACGCGCGGCGCGCCGAACGCCUCGGCGCCUCCGGGUCCCCGGGGAAGCCGCCGCGGCGCGGCGCGGCGCUCGGCGCCGGCGACGCGCGCGACGGCGGCGCCGUCCUCGCGAGCCUCGGCGCGGCCUACGCGACGUGCGCGCGCGCGCGGCCCGAGAGCCGCGCGCAGUUCCUCCGCGGCGCGCUCCGCGCCGUCGACGUCGGCGCGGAGCCUGGCGCGCCCGCGGCGUCGCGGCUCCGCGCCGCGGCGCUGGGCGCGCGGCUCCUCGCGACGCUGCCCUACCGCGUCGCCGACGAGCCCCUCUCCGUCGUCUACGCGCUCUCCAAGCAGGUCGCGCUCGCGGCGCCCGACAGCGAGCGGUUGGCCGCGUGCGCGACGCUCUCGCUCGCCGCGCGCGCGAAGCGCCACCUCAAGCGCUUCUACCGCCUCGGCGACGCCCGCUGCGUCGAGUACGUGCCCGGCGACCGCAAGCUCCACGACAAGGGCCUGCCGCAGCGCGGCGCGGCGCCGGACCUCGACGUCCCGCGCCACUUUCUCUCUGAAGACGCGGACGCCGCCGCGUUCCUCGACGACGCCGCGCGGACGCUCGCGAGCGAGCCGUCCCACGACUUCGAAAACAAGCCGGAGAAGGCGCCGGCGAAGAAGCGCGGCCGGCCGCCCAAGGCGGACGACGCCGCGAUGCCGCCGCCGCCCGCGCGCCGGUCCAAGCGCGCGACGCGGCCGACCGCGCCGCUCCUCGACCACCAGGCGAGCCCGCCGGACGACGACGACGACGACGGCGACUGGCGCGCGGCCAAGCCCAAGAAGAAGCGCAAGGCGUAA